AUGAACAGCAAAAACUGCUGUGUCUUCCGUGAUGAAUUUAUUCCUCGGGUGUUGCCCCCAGUGCUGGGGCUGGAGUUUGUGUUUGGAACCAUUGGCAAUGGGCUGGCCCUGUGGGCUUUCUGCUUCUCCCUGAAGUCCUGGAAAUCCAGCCGGAUCUUCCUUUUCAACCUGGCUGUGGCUGACUUACUUCUGAUCUUCUGUCUUCCCUUCCUGACGGAUAACUAUGUCAGGAAAUGGGACUGGAAGUUUGGUGACAUCCCUUGCCGGCUGAUGCUCUUCAUGCUGGCCAUGAACCGGCAGGGCAGCAUUAUCUUCCUCACGGUUGUGGCUGUGGACCGGUACUUUCGGGUGGUGCACCCCCAUCAUGCACUGAACAAGCUAUCCAAUAGGACAGCAGCCGUCAUCAGCUUCCUUCUGUGGGGUGUCACCAUUGCCCUUACUGGCCACCUCCUCGUCACCUCCCAUGUGAAAAAGAUGGGGGACUCACAGUUCUGCAGCAGCUUUGCCAUCUGCCCAACCUUUGGUUGGCAUGAUGCCAUGUUUCUCCUGGAGUUCUUCCUGCCCCUUGGCAUCAUUAUAUUCUGCUCCGCCAGCAUCAUCGGGAGCCUUCGGAGGAGGCAGUUGGACAAGCAGGCUAAGAUCAAGCGGGCCAUCCGAUUCGUCAUGGUGGUCGCCAUCGUCUUUGUGAUCUGCUUUUUGCCUAGUGUGGCUGUGAGAAUACGAAUCUUCUGGCUCCUCUACUCCCAGGGCACCAGUGACUGUAAGAUCUACCGCUCGGCAGACCUGGCCUUCUAUAUCACCCUCAGCUUCACCUACAUGAAUAGCAUGCUGGACCCCCUGGUAUACUACUUCUCCAGUCCAUCUUUCCCCAACUUCUUCUCCAAGCUGAUCACUUGCCAUCUUUGUCAAAAGUCAGCAGGGGACACUGAUAACAACCGCAGCACCAGUGCGGAGCUCACAGGGGACUUUUGCCAGACCAAUUCCACUUGUGGAAAUACCACCACCAGACCGAGUCUGCCAGAUGCAUUAAUAACCGACUCCAGUGUGGAAUGGAACCCUAUAAAUACGGCCCCGACAUCUCCCUAAACAAUCCAGGUGAUGGCAGAGAAGGGAGAAUGAGGCUACUAGAACUAAGAUUUCUAGUGGUGGUCUAUGGACCAAUACCAAUGGACUGGUCCAUAGAUACCUGUUGUCUUCAGAGCUGAUGGCUCAAAUGGAACAAGAAAAACAGUGCCGUGGCUUUCGGUUCUGAUCUGCUGCCACAAAUCCUUUAGGAAAAAGGAUGGGAGCAAAGCUCAUCUUCUGGAAAGCUUGACUUAAUUUAUGCAUCUCAAAGCAUCUUCUAGAUCCCAAAGCUAACAACAGUGGAAUUGAGGCCAGAAGAAGCCAUAAAGUUUGGCCAGGCACUCUCCCAGUAAUAGAGCUUCUGGUCAGAACUUGCAUCUUGUUCCCCUUCUCCCUCCACAUGCGGACGUAGAGAUGGUGGGAGAGGGGAGGUCCUCCAUUUCGGGAGCAAUGUCCAGCAGGACUGUGUGCAGAACCAAGUGACAGGAGUGGAGCCUGGUCCUUCCAGAGACUGGCCAGGCCAGCAAAACCUGGGUUUAGGUGGGGCCAGUCCAUCUGGGAUCAAAGAGGCUCCCUAGCUUCAUUGAAUAAUAUUCGUGUCCUCCAGUAGUGAAAGGAAGAGAAUGAACACAAGGAAAUGUAGAUCCCAUUAGAAGGUGAGAAAAUGAACAGUGAUACUAAGUGAUAUUAAAUGACAGCUAAUGGGCUUCUAAUCCGUCCCUAGUUUGUUUACACUCGAGGGUUGAAUAGCUGGAAAAAACAAACAAACCACCCUCUCCGGUCUCAGAAGAAAGCUGCCUCUUAAUUGUUUGCUUUUGACU